AUGGAGAAAGCUUUCACCUCUUUUCUCCUAAUAUUACUCUUGUUGCUUCAAUAUGUUAUGGCUAGUUCAGCCAUGACCCAAAUCAACAUUACCACUGAUCAAUCGGCUCUUCUCUCUUUGAAAUCCCAAAUCAUUUCAGACCCUUCUCACUUCUUGGAUGAAAGUUGGUCUCCCGAUAUUUCUGUAUGCCUUUGGGUGGGUGUCACUUGUGGUUCUCGCCACCAGCGAGUGAAGUCUUUGAAUCUUUCCAACAUGGCUCUUACAGGCAGGAUCCCUCGCGAUUUUCGAAACCUCACAUUUCUUGUUUCUCUUGACUUGGAAAGCAACAAUUUCCAGGGCAACUUGCCUCAAGAAAUGGCACACUUGCGUCGGCUUAAAUUUCUUAGGUUAAGUUUUAACAACUUCAUGGGAAAGGUUCCUUCUUGGUUUGGUUUUUUACACCAACUUCAAUUUGUAAGUCUUAUGAAUAAUAGUUUCAGUGGUUCUAUUCCUUCUUCAUUUUCUAAUAUUUCCACACUUGAGACUUUGAAUCUGAAAUUCAAUUCCAUAGAGGGCCAAAUACCAAAAGUGAUUGGAAGUCUUGUAAACUUGAGGAUUUUAGAAUUAAGUGGAAACAAACUGAUAGGUUCUAUUCCUUUGUCACUCUCUAAUGCCUCAAGGUUGGAGACUUUAAAAAUAUCUUAUAAUUCACUUCAAGGAAACAUUCCAGAAGGGAUCGGAAAUCUUCACAACAUGAACUUGUUGGCCAUGCAAUUUAAUCAACUUACGGGUUCUAUACCAUUAACAAUUUUCAAUAUUUCUAGAAUCGAACUCAUCUCAUUUACUGGCAAUAGCUUCUCAGGAGAUCUUCCCAAUGGUUUAUGCAAUGGUCUCCCAAUACUCAAAGGGCUUUAUCUAUCCAAAAACAAUCUUCACGGCUGUAUGCCUACAAGCUUGUCAAAUUGUUCACAACUUCAAGUAUUGUCUUUGUCAUUUAAUGAGUUUGAUGGACCAAUACGUAAAGAAAUUGGAAGAUUGAAUAACUUGCAGGAAUUGUAUCUAGGAACAAACCAAUUCACUGGGAUAAUUCCACAAGAAACUGGAAAUCUUAUUAAUUUGGUGAAGUUAAGCGUGGAGAAAAACCAUAUUACCGGCUCUGUCCCAAUCUCCAUAUUCAAUAUCACAUCUCUGCAACUAUUGUCAUUGUCAGCCAACAAUCUCAAGGGUACCUUACCAAGGGAGAUUGGCAACUUAACAAAGAUGCAGCAUUUACAUCUUAGUACUAAUACAUUUAUUGGUGAAAUACCCAAAGAGAUAAGCAAUCUCGUUGAGUUGGAGAAACUUGAUCUUGCUGCUAAUAGUUUUAGUGGUCGACUUGACAUGGAGACCUUCAACAUAUCAGGGCUGAGAGCAAUUUCACUUACAGACAACAAUAAUCUAUCAGGAAUCCUCCCACCAAACAUUGGUUCUAUAUUACCCAACAUUGAAGAGAUUGAUCUGGCCAACAUAAACAAUCUAGUUGGGACUAUUCCUGAUUCUAUCUCAAAUUGUUCAGAACUAACUUUUCUUGAUCUUCCAUCCAACAAACUCACUGGCUUGAUUCCUACUUCUCUUGGAUAUUUGACACGUCUACAGUACCUAAACUAG